AUACAGUACAGUACGAAGCACUCGCACACCAACUUGGAAUGCUGACAUGAGAGAUUUGCGAGCUAGCCAACCACAGGCCAGUCAGAGGGCUCAGAACAUCUACCGGGCGUUCUUGAUCUCUGCGCUACCACUUGCGGCGCAACAGGAGAAUCCUCUCAAGGGCUUGGCUAUGCCUUAUCAGGGCGUUGCUCUGCUACUACUGUACUGGGCAGAUGCUGCUGGGACUGCAGGAUUGCCGUGCUGUACAGCCGCCGAGGUCGGGCACCUUGGUAUCGCGUGGGAUGAAUACUCGUACAUUGAUGUCAAUAUUCACGCAUCCAAUGUGUUACAGCAUACGACAUUCAUUCAAACAACACACUCUGCUUGUUGUUUUCAUUGUUUAGUAAAAUGUUACUGUACCUUAUGCAAUGACGUCAAGCUCUGUAAUUUGAUAAGGCUCCCAAGGCCAAGACGGGACCAGAACAAAAAGCACAUGGGAAUCUGCAUCGUUGCACGGCCCGGCAUCGUGCGAUCAGGUCGCCAAGCACUCUAUCAUAUGAGCAGCGUCCAGGUCCAGGAUCUUUGUCUGCAGCUCCCCCCAAACCCAUCCGACGUCAUGGCAGGUCUGUGCUCGCUUUCCAGCUUCUUCUACGGAGCCGCUGCCGGACCCAUGCAAGAAUUACGGAGUAGCCUCUCCGUUGCAGUUACAAGGGGUUGCUGCACUACGACUGCACGUAGCAUCGAUGCUGAUGGCGUCUGUUGCCCAGCUUUCUAGAAGUUCGUAUCUCGUACUUGGAAGACAACUAAAACAACUUACAAUGGACUGUGGCCCAACAAAAUCUGCCAACCCUGAACCAAAUUGCCUCGUCCAUCCUGUCAUAGGUAGUCCAGCGCCAGAUCACAACCACCAACAUCCAUCUCCUCUUCAGCCCAUCCAAACCAUUCAAAUAGUGUCCCCCAAAGAAGCUUUUCGCCGAUCCCAUUGAACUCUGCUAGCGCCAGUCCCGACGCUGCCGAACCCGCUUCCGUCUCUCGUUGCAGCGUCUCCACGAAAUAGAUCAAUCCAUCCACCAGCUACGAGUAUU